UGUGUUGGGGAGAAAUCUGGAGGCAGUGAUGCUGUACAUGGCCAGUGAUGAGGCACGGAGGGCCAUCUCCGCCUUCCCGAUACUAUUCUUCGAGGAUUAUGCCGGCUCAAGUAGGACCACCUGGUGUCAUCCUCCUGUGAGAGCCUGCGGUCUGACUGACCAUUGGGACACCCAUACCGAGGGUUACUACAGAUUACACCAGCUCCAGCUGAUUGUCACGUGCCAUCCUCAUCCGAGAACCUGUGGACUUCAUGUGCCAUCCUCAUGCGAGAUCCUGUGGACUUCAUGUGCCAUCCUCAUGCGAGAUCCUGUGGACUUCAUGUGCCAUCCUCAUGCGAGAACCCGUGGACUACAUGUGCCAUCCUCAUGCGAGAACCUGUGGACUACAUGUGCCAUCCUCAUCCGAGAACCUGUGGACUACAUGUGCCAUCCUCAUGCGAGAACCCGUGGACUUCAUGUGCCAUCCUCAUGCGAGAACCCGUGGACUUCAUGUGCCAUCCUCAUGCGAGAACCUGUGGACUACAUGUGCCAUCCUCAUGCGAGAACCUGUGGACUACAUGUGCCAUCCUCAUGCGAGAACCCGUGGACUUCAUGUGCCAUCCUCAUGCGAGAACCUGUGGACUUCAUGUGCCAUCCUCAUGCGAGAACCCGUGGACUUCAUGUGCCAUCCUCAUGCGAGAACCUGUGGACUUCAUGUGCCAUCCUCAUGCGAGAACCUGUGGACUACAUGUGCCAUCCUCAUGCGAGAACCUGUGGACUUCAUGUGCCAUCCUCAUGCGAGAACCCGUGGACUUCAUGUGCCAUCCUCAUGCGAGAACCUGUGGACUUCAUGUGCCAUCCUCAUGCGAGAACCUGUGGACUACAUGUGCCAUCCUCAUGCGAGAACCUGUGGACUUCAUGUGCCAUCCUCAUGCGAGAACCCGUGGACUUCAUGUGCCAUCCUCAUGCGAGAACCUGUGGACUUCAUGUGCCAUCCUCAUGCGAGAACCUGUGGACUACAUGUGCCAUCCUCAUGCGAGAACCUGUGGACUUCAUGUGCCAUCCUCAUGCGAGAACCCGUGGACUUCAUGUGCCAUCCUCAUGCGAGAACCUGUGGACUUCAUGUGCCAUCCUCAUGCGAGAACCUGUGGACUACAUGUGCCAUCCUCAUGCGAGAACCUGUGGACUACAUGUGCCAUCCUCAUGCGAGAACCCGUGGACUUCAUGUGCCAUCCUCAUGCGAGAACCUGUAGACUACAUGUGCCAUCCUCAUGCGAGAACCUGUGGACUUCAUGUGCCAUCCUCAUGCGAGAACCCGUGGACUACAUGUGCCAUCCUCAUGCGAGAACCCGUGGACUUCAUGUGCCAUCCUCAUGCGAGAACCCGUGGACUUCAUGUGCCAUCCUCAAUCCUAGACCUCGUCCUGAAAUAACCAUCAAUAUCCCAACACACCUACACCAGCUCCUGUAUCUGAGCAUACAUCUCUUCCCUCUGGGCUCUUGGAAAAGUUAAGGGCUCUCACACAAGCUCCACCUCUUCAAUCUCCUCCUUCGGGCUCUUCUCCUUCAGGCUUCUUUAAAAGGCCACAGCCCGUUGUCACAGAGGCUUCAUCUUCUACGCAUCAAGGUCUUUCAACGAGCUCCUCAUGAAAUGGAGUGAGCCCACGGGACGGCAAGAACACAACUCUGGCUGUUGCACAGAAGCAGGAGAUGGGUGGGCCAGAAAUGUCUAGCAUAUCCCCCACCACAUCUUCACCAGCUCCUGUACCUGAGCAUAAGUCUCCUUCUGGCUUAUUUAAAAAGUUGAGAGCUCCUCUCACAGAGGGUCCACCACUUCAACAUCAAGAUUCUUCGACAGCCUCCUCUACAGUAAAUGGAGUGAGACCAGGAGAAGGGCAGAAGAACACUACUGCAAAAAGAACAGUAUCAAUGCUCUUUAUUUUUCAAAACUGCUGAUUUCAGUCAUUGGAUGUGUUAUUCAUCUACUCUGAUUUGUU